UAUUGCAUACAAUUAUAUUAGGAUAUGUUUAAUUUAAUUUUAUAAUAUAUAAAAAAAAUAUUAGAAAUAAAGUAACAGUAAUUACAAUUGAUAUGUUAACGCUAUAAAUUUAAGAUUAGCAUAUUAAAUAUAACGGUGUUAAAAUUUGCUGUUUAUUAAUUAGAAAUGACGAGUCCAAAUAUACCUUUGUUGAUAUGGUGUGAUGGUCGUAUUGUGAGUUCUCCGUGUGGAAUAGAAUACCACGGGGGUCGUCCGGUUAAUAUGGCGCUUAGCGAGAGAAUGAGUUUCGAGGAAUUACAAAAUAUUUGUAGAAGAGCAGUUUCUACCGACGGGGAAGUAGAAAUUUCAAAAAUCUACUUCCGGCUUCCAAGAAUAGUUGGGGGUGCGAUACGCUCGUACUCGUUGUUUUCCGUGGAGAAUAACGAGCAUGUGUUUGGAAUUUUGAACGAGGUCGUGCGGUAUCCGCAACUCGAGAUUUUGGAAUUGUACGUGGAAUACGAGGCCGUGGUUCGCAACAAGACUUUACUAGAUCAGUUGGUCUUAUGUGAUUCAAGCGGGUCUGAGAGGGGUAGUGGUGAAGAGGAAGAAGAGGAUUUCUACGACAGCAACGAAGAGGAUGUCGAGGAAGACUUAGGAGCAGAUUCACAAUAUGAGUCGCAACUUCCUGAGCAUGUAAGAACGGCGGAUCUUUGCGACUUUGACGUCGCCCCGGAGGAUGAUGAAAAGAUUAUGUGGGAUCCUGGGAUGGAAUUCCGAGUAGGGAUGGUAUUCCCAAAUCGCGAUGCCGUCCGAGCUUGUGCGACUACUUAUUCGGUCGGGGUGGGAAGAGAGUUCAAGGGUCGCCGGACUACCAACUCGACAAUAGUGUUGGCUUGCAGGCAGAACCCUGUAUGUAAAUGGUGGCUGCGCGCUACACUUCUGCAAGCAACUCAGACGUGGACGUUGACAAAAUAUAUUGGCCCGCACACGUGCAAUCAGCUGUUACCUGAUCCAAACCAUCGGAAUUUUGGGUCUAUUGCAAUCGCAGACUAUAUCAAGGGUCAAGUAAAGCUGCAACGUGAUAUACGGAUCGAUACCCUCAGAGCUGGAAUUUGGCAACAACUUGGAGUUAGGCCUCCGUAUAAACGAACCUGGAAUGCAAAGGAAAAGGCAAUAGCUGAUGUUUACGGUGGCUGGUAUGAAUCAUUUGGUAUGGUUCACAAGUUCAUGAACGAGAUGAUGCAUGUCAACCCUGGAUCUUUCUGGGAUGCAGAAGGCGCCGAGGUGUACACCGACGGGAUCCUUCAGCCGAAAGUCGUAACGUUCAUCCGAAUGUUCUGGACUUUCAAACCGACAAUUGAAGGGUUUCGUUUUUGCAAGCCAGUUUUGUUCGUCGACGGUACUCAUUUGUAUGGCAAAUACAAAAUGACCUUGUUGAUCGCGUCGGCAAUCGAUGGGAACAGUCACAUCAUGCCACUGGCAUUUGCACUUGUUGAAUCUGAAAGUACUGCCAGUUAUGAGUACUUUUUUGAACAUUUGCGUGAGCACGUGAUUUGCGAAAGGAAAGUGGCCAUUAUAUCUGAUCGGCACGCUGGAAUAUUGUCGGUUCUGAAGCGUCCUGAAUGGGCCGGUGUCGCCCACAAGUUUUGCAUCAGACAUUUCUGUAGUAAUUUUCAGACCAAGUUUAGGAACAAGGUUUUGAAGAAGCUGGCAGAUAAAGCAGGCCGAGCAUAUCAGAAGCACAAGUAUAAACGCUACAUGACAGCGAUCGAGGUUAGAAGCCCAGAAGCGUAUGCAUGGCUGACUAAGCAAGAAAAGCGGCCUAAAGAAAAGUGGACAAGGGUGUAUGACAAAAAAGGGCAACGGCACAAUGUGAUGACAACUAACUAUGCUGAGUCUGUCAACGCGACACUGAAGAAUAUAAGGGGCUGCAUCGUUUGGCAGCCAUACUCCGACGACGUUCUCCAGUCCAUCCCACAGAUGUACCUGACAGGGCGACAUAUUUGGCGUGCCCGAGUGCCAAUGAUCUACUAUCACAUCGUGGAGUGGCACCAGCCGGAUAGGGUUCUGCAGCAGUUCGGCUUACAGCAGCCCAUUCCCCUGCCUGCUAUGCAAGAUCGGCGCCUUCAUAACAUCCAGUAUCAGGGGAACUACAACUUUGAUGAACUGCUCUCAGAUUACAUUCAGAUUUGGAACAACUGA